CUGUGUCCUCACCCCCACCCCCUACCCCGCCACCUGACCAACGCUGGGAUCUGAGAUCUAGUCGCCCCCUUCCUGCCUGCUUUCUGUCUCUCCCCACCCUGUCUUCUCUCAUCUCCACGCCACCCACCCCCACUCCCACCCAUCCAAAGGGCAAAGAGCAAAGACACUCGGGAAAGGCAAGGGCUAGCUGCAUCUCCUCCAGUAGACCGAGGCCGCAGGCAGGGAUUGCGCUGUGAGAGACAAUCUUUCAGUGAGACACAGAGAAAGAGAGAAAUCCAGAAAGGAACCCGUGCUCCCGGGCACCGGGGAGCUGGCCACUGAAGGAAGAGCACCAAGAUUUUCGAUCAGGAGAUCCCGGUCCUGGGACGCUCACACAGCCUGCCUGCCAUCUGGGGCAAGGAACGAGAGCUGUGGUCCUGAGCCCUCGGUCUCCAGCAUCACCGCGCUAGGUGCGCGCCCCGCUCUCCCAUCGCUAUGCAGCGACCAUUUCCAUCUAAAUCUCAAAGGUGGACCACUCAAAACGGAUUACAAGCGUGAUUUGGUAGCCUUUCCGAAAGUUGGUGGCCGAAAGAGGGGAAGAUCCUGGGCGACAGAAUGACGGAUACAAUGCAGCCUCGCGGAGAGUUUGCCCCUCCCGCUGGGAAGCCCCUCGGAGCGAACCUCGGAGAUCCUGAGCGCUCUGCACCAUAGGUACUCGUCGCCAUCCGUUCCUACUUUGCCUGAUUGAAAUCAGGGUGCCUCUUAUGUAGGAUGUGUGCUGUAGAACGCGUAGACUUUGACCGCUGGACCUUCCAUACACUCACAGUUUUGUAAUCAGCCACGAAUGAUGAAGCCGUCUAUAGCUGAGAUGCUUCACAGAGGGAGGAUGCUGUGGAUAAUUCUUCUAAGCACAAUCGCUCUUGGAUGGACUACUCCAAUCCCCCUGAUUGAGGACUCAGAGGAAAUAGAUGAGCCCUGUUUUGAUCCAUGCUACUGCGAAGUUAAAGAAAGCCUCUUCCACAUACAUUGUGACAGCAAAGGAUUUACAAACAUUAGUCAGAUUACUGAGUUCUGGUCAAGACCCUUUAAACUGUAUCUUCAGAGGAAUUCCAUGCGGAAAUUGUACACCAAUAGUUUCCUUCAUUUAAAUAAUGCUGUGUCCAUUAACCUUGGGAACAAUGCAUUGCAGGACAUUCAAACCGGCGCUUUUAAUGGUCUUAAGAUUUUAAAGAGACUAUAUCUUCAUGAGAACAAACUAGAUGUCUUCAGAAAUGACACCUUCCUUGGCUUAGAAAGUCUGGAAUACCUGCAGGCAGAUUACAAUGUCAUUAAACGUAUAGAGAGCGGGGCAUUUCGGAACCUAAGUAAAUUGAGGGUUCUAAUCUUAAAUGAUAAUCUCAUUCCUGUUCUUCCAACCAAUUUAUUUAAGGCUGUCUCCUUAACCCAUCUGGAUUUACGUGGAAACAGGUUAAAGGUCCUCUUCUACCGCGGAAUGCUCGAUCACAUUGGCAGGAGCCUGAUGGAGCUCCAGCUAGAAGAGAACCCUUGGAACUGCACCUGUGAGAUUGUUCAGCUGAAGAGUUGGCUGGAGCGGAUCCCGUACACCGCCCUGGUGGGGGACAUCACCUGCGAGACGCCUUUCCAUUUCCACGGGAAGGACCUCCGAGAAAUCAAGAAGACAGAACUCUGUCCGUUGUUGUCUGACUCGGAGGUGGAGGCCAGUCUAGGGAUUCCCCACUUGCCAUCAGGCAAAGAGAACGCCUGGCCAACGAAACCUUCUUCAAUGUUGUCCUCUGUUCAUUUUACAGCUUCUUCUGUUGAAUAUAAGUCCUCCAACAAGCAGCCAAAACCCACCAAACAGCCCCGAACACCCAGACCACCAUCUACAUCCCAGGCUUUAUACCCUGGUCCAAAUCAACCUCCCAUUGCCCCCUAUCAGACCAGACCACCUAUUCCCAUUAUCUGUCCAACUGGCUGUACGUGUAAUUUGCAUAUCAAUGACCUUGGCUUGACUGUCAACUGCAAAGAACGAGGAUUUAACAACAUCUCAGAGCUCCUUCCAAGGCCCUUGAAUGCUAAGAAGCUCUACCUGAGCAGCAAUCUGAUUCAAAAGAUAUACCGCUCUGAUUUUUGGAAUUUUUCUUCUUUGGAUCUCUUGCACCUGGGGAACAACCGUAUUUCCUAUGUCCAGGAUGGGGCUUUCAUCAACCUGCCCAACCUGAAGAGUCUCUUUCUCAAUGGCAACGACAUAGAGAAGCUGACACCAGGUAUGUUCCGAGGUCUACAGAGCUUGCAUUACUUGUACUUCGAAUUCAACGUCAUUCGGGAAAUCCAACCUGCAGCCUUCAGCCUCAUGCCCAACUUGAAGCUGCUAUUUCUCAACAAUAACUUGCUGAGGACCCUGCCAACUGAUGCCUUUGCAGGUACAUCCCUAGCUCGGCUCAACUUGCGGAAGAACUACUUCCUCUAUCUGCCAGUAGCUGGCGUCCUUGAACACUUGAAUGCCAUUGUGCAGAUAGAUCUCAAUGAGAAUCCUUGGGACUGCACUUGUGACCUGGUCCCCUUUAAACAGUGGAUUGAAACCAUCAGCUCAGUCAGCGUGGUAGGUGAUGUACUCUGUAGGACUCCCGAGAACCUCACCCACCGUGACGUGCGCACUAUUGAGCUGGAAGUUCUAUGCCCAGAGAUGCUGCAUAUUGCACCGCCUGGACCAUCCCCACCACAGCCUGGAGAUUACCACCCGAAUGGAGCACCAACAAGUUCAUCACCGUAUGAGUUCUCUCCUCCCGGGGGCCCUGUACCACUUUCUGUGUUGAUUCUCAGCCUGCUGGUUCUUUUUUUCUCAGCAGUCUUUGUUGCUGCAGGCCUCUUUGCCUAUGUGCUCCGUCGCCGUAGGAAGAAGCUGCCCUUUAGAAGCAAGCGGCAGGAAGGUGUGGACCUUACAGGAAUCCAGAUGCAAUGUCACCGACUGUUCGAGGACACUGGGGGCAGUGGCGGUGGGAAUGGAGGUGGAGGUCGACCAACUCUGUCCUCUCCAGAGAAAGCCCCUCCCGUGGGUCAUGUGUAUGAGUACAUCCCCCACCCAGUUACCCAGAUGUGCAACAACCCCAUCUAUAAGCCUCGAGAGGAGGAGGAAGUGGCUGCCUCAGCAACCCAGGAAACAGGAGCUGCAGAACGUGGAUGUCCUGGAACGACGCAGCCUCCAGGAAUGGGUGAGGUGCUCUUAGGAAGUGAGCAGUUUGUGGAAACACCCAAGGAGAAUCACAACAACUACCGGACCUUGCUGGAAAAGGAGAAGGAGUGGGCCCUGGCGGUUUCCAACUCCCAACUCAACACCAUAGUGACGGUGAACCAUCACCACCCUCAUCCUCACCACUCGGCAGUCGGUGGGGUCUCAGGGGUAGGUGGAGGGACUGGGGGAGACUUGGCUGGGUUCCGCCACCACGAGAAGAAUGGUGGGGUGGUGCUGUUUCCCCCUGGGGGAGGUUGUGUGGGUGGCAGUCUGUUACUAGACCGUGAGAGGCCACAGCCUGCUCCGUGCACAGUGGGAUUUGUGGACUGUCUCUAUGGCACAGUGCCCAAAUUAAAGGAACUCCAUGUCCACCCCCCUGGCAUGCAAUAUCCAGACUUACAGCAGGACGCCAGGCUCAAAGAAACCCUUCUCUUCUCAGCUGGAAAGGGCUUCACAGACCACCAAACCCCCAAAAGUGAUUACCUCGACUUAAGGGCCAAACUUCAAACUAAGCCGGAUUACCUCGAAGUUCUGGAGAAGACAGCAUACAGAUUCUAACAGAGAGAAGAGAAUAAAAGGGUGGCUUGGUCUUGGUUUUCAAGAGAAAAGGAAAAUAAAAAGAAAUAUAUCCCCGGCACCCAUUAUAUUUGUCCCGGUAACUCCACCUCACAGUUCCCGCCUGCCCAGGACAGAACUGAAACGCAUGAUAACUAGAGAAUACAGAAGUGGGCUCUCCCCUCUCAGAUGUGAUUUUUGAGGAAGGGCCAUCCUCAGAUCAUUAAUCAAUGAAGUGCCUUCGCAGACUUUUGCCAGCAAAUGUUAUCAUUAUUUUUUAUACUGAAACUCGAGACUUGGACUGUGCCAUGUGUGAGGUAUUUCGGGGAUCGUUGUAUUGAUCCUAAUUGAGUAAAAUUCAAUGUGUCCUUUUAUUUUCAGUAACUUUUCUUCCCUUUAGUUGCAGUUUAUGUUUGAAAGGGGGGGGGGAGGCUGACAUUUAUGGCUUUCUCUCCUUUUUCCCCGUCGUGGCACAGAUUCUGUACAUGUAUUAACAAUGCAGUUUGCCGCAUGCUUCAAAACUGCAGGCUGGGGAGGGAGGGGCGGGUCUUGCUCGAAUGUUCUCACACUGUCGUCUCUCACACACUUACUCAUAUGCACACAGAAAACCUCUACAUACACUUAGGUCCCUCAAUCUGCACUGGGUGCAGCAUGUACGCACACACACACACACACACACACACACACCCCUCCCAUACGACUUGAUCUGCUUAGUUCGGGUUUGAUCCAUCUUUUCCUCUCCAUAGGUCCACAUGCCCUUCCUUCCUAGUGUACAGUUCACAGCAUCUCUCCUACCACCCUGGGAAGAGUCACAUUCGAGGCUGGAUCCUACUGAAGUGAAGGCUUGUUGGUUUAACAGCUGGAGACACACCUAGGGAUGAGCAUCCUUCUUGUGACAUUUCAUCCUGAUGCCAAGAUUUUUUGAGAACAUCUGCACUUUCUUAUAUAUAUAUAUAUACAUAUAUGAUAUUAAAAAAAUAAAAAAGCAACUGGGUAUAUAUCACUAACAGCUUUGUAGGAAGCACUUUUAAUGUUUUCUCUCUCACACACACAAAGAUUCAAAAGAAAUGUGCAUAUAUUUAUUCUGUAAUUUCAGUGAUUAUAAAUUGUAAAGGUAAUGUUUAAUCAUUGUAUAGUGAUUAUGCGUCUGGUAUAGCUUUCCUAAUAAAAAGUUUUUGAAAAACAUAAUACAUUAUAUAUAGAAGAUAUAAAGCUUGAAUUUAAACUCCAGCUAUGCCAUGCCUUUCGUACUCCCAUUUAAAAAACAUUUAUUUUACUUGAUAUACAGAAAGCUAAUUGAUUAACAAGUUUGAUGCACUGUGAUAUUGACCAAUCUUAUUAUAGAUUAUUCAUAUCCCAUAUCAGGAUUAAAUUGGAGCUUGGAUAUGCUAAUCUAUAGUUGAUUUUUUCCUGGGUUAUAAACAUUUCAAAUUCGGUUUCCCAGUGAGGCACUGCUCCAUAGGUGGGGUGCGACUGGGAAGAAAGAAAGGGGCUGAAGUGAGGAGAUGCAGGGUUAUUCUGGGUAAGAUUACUGAGCAUCCUUGUGUUUCAAGACAGGAGACGGCAUGAAGGAACAGAGAAACGAAAUAGCUCUCCUUUAAAUAACAACGAACCCUAAAAUUAGAUACAUCAGCAGCUUAGGUAUCACCACACUCUCCUCGGUCCCAGAAAAUCCGAGGAUAAAUGGAACUGUGGAAUAUCUGUUCAUCUGCGAAAGUUGUCAAUUUUUUAUGUUUGGACACUGCUUUCCCAAUCUCUCCACAGCAAAUGAACCCAGAAAUGCUUGAACUAAGACGUAUGAUACUAAUUAAGUUUUCUUUUCCUGUAUGGAAUUAAAAAAUGUUUCAAAGUUAACUUGAAGAUACUUUUAAGUUAUGAUCCAUUUAUACACGAGCAAAACCAAAGAAAAUUGAAAUUUAGAACGCAAGACAGGAGUAGAAAGGCACUUACCCGGGCUGGCCAGUAGAGGGCAGCAGAGACCCAGCGAUAUCCAGACGCACCCACUACCGAGUUGUAAAGAGAAGCUACAGUUCCUUCAAGCGCCCUUAGAAAUGAUCACUACAUGCUGAAUGUAAUUCACCAUGAGUCGCGGAGGCCUUACAUUACAUCAUUCCCCCCCCCCCAAAAAAAAGGAUAAAACCACAAGUUUCUAAAGCUUUGUGGUAUAAACAUUAAGACAUUGUAUUAAAUAAUGGGGAAAAGUGAAUGUCUAGAACAUGUUUAUAUAAUCAUUGAAACUACAUGCAGAUGUGCAUACAGAUAAAAUACACAAGUACAUAAAUAUUUUUAAAAAAACGCACUUUUCAGGGCUUCUUUGCAUUUGAUAUAAUGGCAUCUGUAACUUCUGUCCUCAGCUGUUCAGUCUAUUUGGGAGUUCUUUCAGAAAGUCCAGAAAAACUAAUUAUUUUCUCUUUAUGUACAAUAUCGAAAUGAAGCUUUUCUUCCUCAGGAGAGUUGAACCCCUUAUAAAAGAGAUGACAUGGUUUCAAACUGUCCUACAGCCUACCUUCGUAGGAUAUCUCACCUUCCAUAGUCUUUCUGAUCAUCUUUCCCUAUUUACAGUGUUCACGUCUUUCUUUCUUUCUUUCUUUCUUUUUUUUUGGAAUAAAAUGACAAUACUGUUCCUACAGGCUUCACAACAGGAUUUGGGGGAAAUAUCUGCAGUGACUAUGAACACUGUUGCAAACUGCAGUUACUAUUAACCUUCUGGUUCUUCCUAAUCAAUCAUUGGUUGAGCAAACCUGAGAGCAAAAAUACGUAGAUCCUACAAAUCCUAAUUACAUCUUCCUAGAAUACCAUGUAUUCACACAGCACAGUCUAUUAAAUACAUCAGGUUCAAUGGCAUCCCUAAGGUCCCUGGUGCUUUGGACAUUUGGAAAACAAGUCUCCAUAAACCUUAUCAAAUGAAAAUAUAACUUGAUAAAUGUAAUAUUUGUAUUUUAUUUAUUAAAUAUUUAGAUAGGACUGUCUUAUCUUAGAUUUCAACCUUGAAUGAAGAAAAAAAAUUUGUUAUAUAGUGAAAAAAAAUUCAUGUAAUAAUGAAAUUUUAUAUUUAAGAGGACAAUAAUUUGCUUUCAUGGAGUUUUCUAUGCCCUGACUCAGCCACUUCUUUUAAGUUUUGCAUUAAAACUAAGUUAAUGAUAAAAUUAAAACUACGGUUAAACUAAUUUAGUUUGCAACAAUAGACAUUAUUUCCAUUAAAUUCCCUGGAUAUUAGUAUGAGGAUGGAUUAGCAACUGUUUUGUGUUUCUUAUUGGAGCAAAUUGCUUAUUUUUCUUUUGCUAAGUAGAUGACAAUUUCCCUUGAAAGCAAUGUUCUACUACAGAGAUCCACCAAGAUCUGACAGAUUUUUUGCUUUUAUUCAUUACUAUUUUCUCAGUAAAUACAAUCACAGUGUUUGGAAAUUGCAAAUGCAUUGUGAUAUCUUUUCAACUCUGACUUGAUUUGGGCACAAUGGUAGCAGAUGAGCAGUUAAAUUCAGAAUAGUUUCCAAAUGUUAUAUAUCAGUAUAUGGUAUUAUAUAUGUAGAUGUUU